UGGUGCAUGAGCCAGGCUUUUUCAAGAAAUGCUUCAUACUGCAGAACACAAGAUGAUGAAUAUCGUUUGGAAGUUACAACUCCUUUGCAGAGGGUUGACUUGUUCAUGGGCCAGUUCAACAGUGUCCUGUUAAAUUCGAUAUCUGUCUUCACCAAAGGGAACCUUACUGUUGCUAAUCUGGGAACUUCGGAGGGCCGCUUCAUGCAGAUAGUGGUUUCCCGUUCAGAACCCACAGCUCCACAUGUCAGCUUUCAGUUAGACUCUCAUCCCGUCUCUUCACAAGUUAUUGUCGAGAAUUCAUUAGCAGAUGAUGGCUAUACCCUGGUAGUGACUGGGAAAAAGAUAACACGGAUCCCGCUGAGGGGACCAGGCUGCCACCACUUCCAGUCCUGCAGCCAGUGCCUGCUGGCCCCUGCCUUCAUGCAGUGUGGCUGGUGCAGCCAGCAGUGUGUCCGCUCCACCGACUGCCCUGGCCACACCUGGACCCAGGAGACCUGCUUGCCUAGGGUAUAUGAGAUUUUCCCGAGCAGUGCUCCCUUAGAAGGUGGAACAAAACUGACACUGUGUGGAUGGGACUUUGGAUUCAGCAAAAAUAAUAGAUUUGAAUUAAAAAAUACAGUAGUCCAUAUUGGAGGAAAAGUUUGUGCUCUGGCAGCAAAAUUUAGCAACAAAAACAAGCUGGAAUGCACAGUUCCUGCUGCAAAAAAUCCAAGUUUUAAUAUAUCCAGUAGUGUUUCUGUUGGACAUGGCAAAACACUAUUCAAUACAUUUUCAUACGUGAAUCCUGUAAUAACAAGUAUCUCUCCCACCUAUGGCCCCAAAUCUGGAGGAACAUUGCUAACUGUAGCUGGAAAAUACCUAAACAGUGGAAAAUCCAGAAGGAUUUUUGUUGGUGAGAAACCAUGCACCUUGAAAAGUGUAUCAGCAAGCACUGUGGAGUGCUACACUCCAGCACAGCAAAUUCCCCAGGAAUAUCGUGUGAGGAUGGGAAUCGAUGAAGCUAUUCGAGAUGCGAGCGGUCAUUUCACGUACAGAGGAGACCCUGUUGUUUUAAAAAUUCAUCCAGCCAAAUCUUUUCUUAGUGGUGGAAGUACCAUCACAGCUCAGGGAAUCAACUUGAACUCAGUGUGUUUUCCUGAGAUGGUGAUUACUGUACCUAAACUUGGAAUGAACUUCUCUGUGGCAUGUAGCCACCGCUCUAGCUCAGAGAUAAUCUGCUGUAAAACUCCUUCACUGAAAGCCUUCAAUCUCCAACCACCCUUUGUAACCGCAGUGUUCUUUGUUUUUGAUGGUGUCAGCUCUUUGUACUUUGAUUUUGAUUAUGUAAAUAAUCCUGUAUUUAAGCAUUUUGAAAAGCCAGUGUUCAUCUCAAGAGGCAACCAAAACGUUCUGGAAAUUAAGGGAAAUUAUAUUGAUUCAGAAGCUGUUAAAGGAGAGGUGCUAAAAGUUGGAAAUAAAAGCUGCGAAAACCUUCUCCUGCAGUCGGAAUCAAUUCUAUGUACGGUUCCCAGUGAUCUCUUGAAAUCCAACGGCGAGCUAAAUAUAGAGUGGAAGCAAGAAGUUUUGUCAACAGUUAUUGGAAAAGUGCUGAUCCGACAAGAUCAGAAUUUCACGGGACUAAUUGCUGGAGUUAUUUCAACAUCAGUUUUAAUUUUUAUCUUUUUGGUAUUUUUCCUCUGGAGAAGGAAGAAGAAACAAAUUAAAGAUCUGGGAAGUGACCUAGUGCGCUAUGAUGGCCGAGUGCACACGCCUCACCUGGACAGGCUGGUGAGUGCGAGGAGUGUAAGCCCAACGGCAGAAAUGGUUUCAAGUGAAUCUGUAGACUACAGAUCAACUUUCCUAGAAGAUCAGUUUCCAAGCAUGUCUCAGAAUGGAUCAUGCAGACCUGCCCAGGAUCCUCACUCUGACCUCUCCCCAAUUAUGUCUAGUGGAGACUCAGAUUUAGCAAGUCCACUUCUCCAAACUAAUGUCCAUAUUGACAUCAGUGCCUUAAAUCCUGAUCUGGUCAAAGAAGUGCAGCAUGUGGUUAUUGGUGCUGACAGCCUGAUUGUGCACUUCAGUGAAGUGAUAGGAAGAGGACAUUUUGGGUGUGUAUAUCAUGGGACAUUGCUGGAUAACGAUGGCAGGAAAAUACAUUGUGCAGUGAAGUCGCUGAAUAGGAUUACAGACCUGGAAGAAGUAGCUCAGUUUCUGAAAGAAGGAAUAAUCAUGAAAGAUUUCACUCAUCCCAAUGUUCUGUCGCUCCUGGGAAUCUGUUUGCCCACUGAGGGAUCCCCCUUAGUCGUUCUUCCAUACAUGAAACACGGAGAUCUUCGAAACUUCAUUAGGAAUGAGACUCAUAACCCAACAGUAAAAGAUUUAAUUGGAUUUGGCCUUCAGGUCACAAAAGGGAUGAAAUACCUUGCAAGCAAAAAGUUUGUCCAUAGAGACUUGGCAGCAAGAAACUGUAUGUUGGAUGAAAAAUUCACUGUCAAGGUUGCUGAUUUUGGUCUUGCUAGAGAUGUCUAUGAUAAAGAAUACUACAGCGUGCACAAUAAAACAGGAGCUAAACUGCCAGUGAAAUGGAUGGCUUUAGAAAGUUUACAAACUCAGAAGUUCACAACGAAGUCAGAUGUGUGGUCCUUUGGCGUGUUGUUAUGGGAACUUAUGACAAGAGGGGCACCACCUUAUCCUGAUGUAAAUUCUUUUGAUAUAACUGUUUACUUAUUACAAGGAAGAAGGCUGCUACAACCUGAAUACUGUCCCGACCCACUGUAUGAAGUCAUGCUGAAGUGCUGGCAUCCAAAACCUGAGAUGCGUCCAGCAUUUUCUGAACUUGUUUCAAAAAUAUCAACAAUCUUCUCCACUUUUAUUGGGGAACACUACGUCCAUGUCAACGCUACUUAUGUCAACGUGAAGUGCGUUGCUCCCUAUCCUUCUCUUUUAUCAUCACAAGACAACACAGACAUGGAUGUUAACACAUGACGGGUGUGCCUGAAAUAGAGGAAAAUCCAUUCUUAG